AUGGGUUAUAAUUCUCAGGCAAUAGUGCAGAGUUUUCAGAGAGAAUCAGAUCAAAACAUAAAACGAGAAAUUGAUAUCAAUACGGAUGCAUUAGUAAACGAGACCAAUAUCGAAGAUGGAUAUAAAGACAACUUUUAUAAUGACAUCCAAGAUACCGAACGUAUACCGAAAGUAGGAUUUGGAUCAGGUGUACCUAUUACUCAACAAAACAAAGCAACUGAAACACUAAAAACCUUGAGAGAACACUACACAAUAAAAGAAAUUCCUGAAUUCCUUCUCGCACUCCACCUCUUCCAGAACCUAACUC